UUGGGGACCUCCCGCUGACCCAGGUCAUGAUCCCCGCUCGGGGAUGGCCCGCAGGGCACGAGCGGGAGCUUUCCCGGAGCAUCCCCACCCCCCAAGGCGCGGGUUUUGGGGAGCUGAGAGCCCCGGGGCUGCUGAGGGCAGGACAUUCCCACGCCGAGCCCGAGGGUGUCCCCCAAAAACCGGUCGGACGUGCGGGGCGGUGACUCAGCCCGGUGGCAGCGGCAGGACGGGACCUGCGCGGGGCCCCCCGCUUCCCGGGCAGCCCUGAGCAAACAGGGAAGCGAAAAAUUUCCUUUUCCUUCCUCCCGCCGAGCUGGGUGUCACCGCCUUGGGGUGACCUUCCCCUGCACUCCGCUGCCUCGAGCAUCCCCCCCCUCCUCCCGCCGCUCCCUCCCGGCUCCGGGUGAGGGCUGGGCCGGCUCCUUAUCUCCCUCGCAGGCUGAUGCAAGAUUUGCUCAUUCUGCUGCUCCCCGGGGCCGUGCCGCUGACGGUGUCACCUUCCCCCGAGGGCUCGGCUCUCCGUGUGCCUCACUGGGCAUCUCUCCGUGCCCCACACCCGAGAGCAGCCGGGUUCUCCCCCCGGUGCCGGGGCCGGGCGGGUUCAGCGCCCCGCGGGCGCUGGGAGCGGCUGCCGGCCCUGCGCUCCAGCCAGGAAUAAGUGGAUUAGGAGGCAAUCUCGUUAUCGCUGCUGGCAGCCCCAGCAGGGCCGUGGGAUGGGGACAGCGAUGGGGACAGCGCUGGGGACGCUCCCGCUGAGGAGGGACAGGGGCGGCCGGUGCCUGGCGCGGGGUGGAACGCGGCCACCGUGCGCUGAUAGCCCGGGCUCGGCUGCCUGCUGUUCCAGGGAUGCGGCAUCCGGGCUCUAAUGAGGCGGGACGGUUAAUUAGUCAGUGUCAAUUUAUGUUAAUUAGCCGGGGGGUGGGUGGAGACGCUGCUGGCUCUGCCACCUGGCUGGCACCAGGGCCGGGCUGGGGGGACACGUGUGGGGCUGAAGGUGUCAGGGCAGGACGGCGGAGCUCCCCGAGGGCGCUCCCAGCCCUGCCUCGCCCUCCCUGCCGGUGAGUCAGGGCUGAGACCCCGCAGGAAGCCCCAGGGGUUUCCAAAAGGCGCUGGAAACCCCCCCGCGCUGCGAUUUCCUCCUUUCUGAGCCUGUUGGGGUGACGGCAGCAGCACGAGGCGGCCAGGCUGGGAAUUUCGGAGGGAAAAGGAUGGGAGACACGGAUCCGGCCAAGGAAUGGCCGCUCUCCGGCAGGGAUGGAGCAGCUCCGUUGUUUACUCAAUCCAGCUUGCGCCGCUGUUGGUUCCUGGGGUUGAUUCUCCUUCUCCAGACAGGGCUGUGACCGCAGAAACAAAGGCAGAACUUUAAUCCCGCAAAUCCUCCUCUCUUCCCACCGAAGGCCGCGGCUGUUUGUCCCUCUCCGAGGGGACGCCGGGGUCGGACACCGCCCGGGGGCUGCCCGGGGGCCGCUCAGCCGGAGCCAGAGCGGCUAAAAAUAUCCCCGCGUCUUCACGGAGGUGCUGCAGCCGCAAUCAGCCAUGCAAACGAGACCGAAAUUAAAUCAGCCGCAUGCGACAGGAGCUGUUAACCCCUGCCAGCGCGGGGACCGGCCCCUCCAGCACCGCGUGGCUCCGCGGGGGGACACGGGGUGCUGGGAGCGCGGGGAGCGGGGUCCGUGUCCCCCCCGCUGCCUCCCCCGGCUCGCUGCCAUCUGCUCCGGGUGUGUUCAGGGCCAGGAGGAGCUGCAGAGAAACGAGGUCAGGGCUGGGAUGGCAGCGCCGGGGCGAGGCUGCGCCCGCCCGCCAGCCCCGUGCCACCCGCGGGACACCCGGGUGGCACCCAGGCAGCGGGGGUGGCACUUUGGGAUGUCCUUGCACCGCAGCCGCCGCUCCCUGCUGGCAUCCCGAGUGGGUUUCGCUCGGCCACGGCGCGCCCACAUCCUGCUGCCAGCAGCCCCGUGCCACCCCCCGCCCUGCGCGGCGAUGCACCGCGACUCAAACCCCGCCAGCCCCCCAUAUCGGGGCAGCCGGAGCUCCCCAAAUCGGGGCAGCCGGAGCCCCCCAAAUCGGGGCAGCUGGAGCUCCCCAAAUCAGGGCAGCCGGAGCCCCCCAAAUCUGGGCAGCCAGGGCAGCGCACCCCCUUCCCUUCCCGGGGGGGCUCCGGUGCCCACCCGAGCCCCGCCCGUGCCAGCCGCGGUGCCCACCCGAGCCCCGCCCGUGCCAGCCGCGGUGCAUGUGCGAGCCCCCGCGGCAGCUGCCUGCAUUUCAUGCAUUUUUAAGGAGAAGAAGGAUGACAGGAAGGUGGGAAGAGGAGUGUGGCUUCACGGUGGAUACCUCCCAAAGCUGAACGGCUGCCGGGACACCGGGAAGGGCUCCCCAGCCCUUCCCCCUCUGGGAACACCAGCCUGGAGCUGGGACUGGGAACAAACACCGUGUGCCCACUAAUCCCCCACUCUCACAGGCUCCUGAUCCUCCCGAACCCAGGAGCCUCCCCGGAGCUCUGUUCCCAGCAGGGAACACCCUGCCCAGCUCCCGUGGCUGCUCGGGACGCUCCGAGCCCUCAGGGCCAGCCCGGCAGCCGGCCAAGGGCUUUUUAUCAACUGGCACCCAAAAGUCAAUCAGGAAGAUGCCGCCUGUUUUAAUUAACAGCAAUUUCGCUCUGCCGGGGGUGAGCCAUGUGCCGGGGGGAGGGAGGGAGGCCGGAGACAAAACAUGACCUUGUUGGUGCAGCACACACAGCGGGACAUUGUUUUCCUCUCCGAGUCCGGCCUUGGAUGCUGCUGGGCUGGUGGCACAGCUGGGUGCUGGGGACGGGGGUCCUGCCAGCCCCGGUGGCUCUGGAGCAGCCCCGGUGGGAGCAGGGUGCCUGGAAAGCUGCGGAGCUCGGGAUGAGGCGCUUGGGAGCGGAACUCAGGGAGUGUUGGUGGCUGGGGAUGGAGCAGAAGGGAUUUUGGGAGGCCCCGGUGGGUGCUGCAGGGCAGGGAGUGAAUCCCCGCUGGCGCUGCCGGGUCCUGGCAGGGAUCCUGCAGG